AUGUUUUUGACUACUUCUGACGCUACCUCGAGUGCUUCUUUCUUGCGACCGGCCAAUAUAUUGACGACACCUCUCCGCAGUGUCCAACAAGUGAUCGUCCGCCUCGAAUACGAAGUCGAAGACAAGUCCAUCCGCAAUGAGGAGAGUGCUGUGAACAAGCUCAACAACGUAUCAGAAACGUCCUGGACCACCGAAUGGUGGAGCUACAUGAUAUCCUUCGACGCCCUCACCAAACGUCGCUUGCUGGGCCUCACAGCCAUGUUCCCCGGCAUUCCCGCCUUCGUGGAAGAGGGACGCUUCAAAAAGCCAACACGCUGA